AUGAAGGCUGGAGUAGCUGCUCUCACAGCCGGGAUCCUCGGCGGCACCGGCGUGUUGCUCUUCCUUAUCGCUUUUGGGACGGAUUACUGGCUUCUGGCUACAGAGACCUGCGGCGUCUUUGAGCAUGGGAAUAGCACCCUGCAGACCAGGGAGGCUGAAACGCCAACAGAGGUCAGGAAGGAGAUCCUCACUUUCCACCAUGAGGGCUUCUUCUGGCGGUGCUGGUUCUUUGGCAAGGGCCACCCGGAGACCAUCUGGACCUUCUGGUACACCAGCCAAGCACACCCCAAGUUCUGCAUGCAUGGCUACCUCUUUCCCAUGCCCAUCGCUCUCGGACCUUUCCCCCAUCCUUCCUACGACACAACCGCAGUGUACAGAGGCUUCUGGACGGCGUUCAUCAUGCUGGCCGUCGCCGCCGGGCUGGUGGGAGGGCUGCUGCUGGUGUGCGGCGUGCCCUUCGUCAGCCCCCGGUCCUACAAAGUUGGAGGCGGAUUCCUCCUCGCCUCGG